UAGCUAUGUUGGUGGAAAUGAAAACACAAGGAUUCUUAUUUCUAGGUGAUAAUAUGCUAAAGAAAGCACUUUUUUUAGUCCAUUUUAGCCAAUAACACACUGGACCUUUAAGAAGUAUGGUGAAUCAUUUCAUGUUUGUUGCUGUCAUUCAGGUAGAUUGGGUUUCUCCGUUGUUUCAGACAUGGCCCAAACACCGGAUGACCAUCGCUUCCAUUGCUCUGUGUGUCUGGAGCUUUACACUGAUCCUGUCUCCACUCCAUGCGGACACAACUUCUGCAAGCUCUGCAUUAACAAAUACUGGGACAACACAGAAGUGUCUAGCUGCCCCCUGUGCAAGGAGAUAUUUCACAAAAGACCCGAGCUGCGGAUCAACGUCUCCUUCAGAGAGGUCGUCAAUGACUUUAAAAACACAAACGCAGGCUCAGUGACGAGCGGUGAAGCCUGUGAGGCCAAAGCUGGUGAAGUGGCGUGUGACGUCUGCACAGGUGUGAAACUAAAAGCCAUGAAGUCCUGCCUGGUGUGUGUGGCGUCGUACUGUGAGGGUCACCUGGAGCCUCACAAGACAGCAGCAGCCCUGAGUAGACAUAAGCUGAUUGAGCCAGUCAGGAACCUGGAGGACAGGAUAUGUAAGAAGCAUGGGAAGAUCCUGGAGCUGUUCUGUAAGAUGGAGGAGAGGUUCAUAUGUCAGAUUUGUGCCGAGACGGACCACAGCCAACACCAAGUUUUAACAGCAGAGGCCGCGUCACAGCAGAAAAUGGCAAAAUGUAGUUUUUAUUUUGUCGUUAUGAGUUGUGUAAGUGACAAAGUAUGUGAGCUGACCGAGAGACAACAAAACCAGCUCUGCCUACGACACACCCGCAACCUUCUCUGGCACUUUCAACUCCUUUUAUCUCUUAAACUGACUGAAAAUGCGCAGAAAGAAAUAGAGGACAGUACCGAGAUUUUCAUGUCUGUGAUGGAGUCCAUGAAGACUAUCCACACAGAGCUCAUGGAGGAGAUUGAGGCGAGACACAAUGCAGAACAGAGGAGGUUUGAAAAGCUCAUCAAGGAGCUGAGGCAGGAAAUCGACGAACUGGAGAAGAAGAGUGCUGAACUACAGCAGCUCUUGGGCAUUAAAGACCAUAUCGAGCUCCUGGAGGCAUUCAAUCAAGCCUACACACUACCGUCAACUCAGACCUGGCCAAGCAUCCCCGUCAAUGAGAUGGAUUUCUUGGGUUAUAUCCAGACGUCGUUGAUUAAAGCAAGAGAGUUCAUCAACCUGGAAAUUAAGAAACAGUCAGCCAAUAAGCUUAAGAAAAUGCAGCAAUUUGCAGAGGACAUCACCAUUGACCCUGACACCGCAGGACCCUGGCUUAUUGUCUCUGACGAUGGGAAAGAAGUCAGGCAGUCUCCAAAGAAGCACAAGGUUCUGACUAGCCCGGCGAGGUUCACAGAAAACACUUUUGUUGUUGCAACAAAGGGUUUCACCACAGGCAGACACUACUGGGAGGUCAGGGUGAAGGAGAAAUCCAACUGGGUGCUGGGAGUCGCUUCUGGCACGGUGAAGAGGAGGGAACACGUCGCUCCUUCCCCGGAGAACGGCUUGUGGACCUUAGGUCACAGGGAUGGAGGGCAGUAUUUUGUGUACACCCGAAAUCCAUUCCCUUUAACGCCGUCUACCCCUCCCCAGAGGGUGGGUGUGUUUGUGGAUUACGAGGAGAGGCAGGUGUCGUUCCUCGAUGUGGAGGCCAAGACUCACAUCUUCACCUUCACAAAGUGUAACUUUACACAGAAGGUUUACCCCGUAUUUGAUCCCUGUGUGGCGGCAGAAAAAAAGGAGGUGGCUCCUCUGAAAAUUAUGAUGGUAGAGCUCACAAAAUAA